AUGUCCCAGUCUCCCGUGCCUCGCUCUCACUCGAGAGCUAGCUUCUACUCCACAACCACAUACCACUCGUUCCAGGAUGUUGAGCUUUAUGAGCCAGGCUGCACGCCAGAUGAGAAGGGAAUGUCCACGUCGAUGGUCCCGCGGUCUGUAGAAGCGUCCACACCUGUUGUCAGAAGACAAAGAACAUCAAGGAGAGACGACUUCGACAAGAACCCGGCCUCCUUCCAAAUGGUCCGCCAGGACUCGGGCUACGAGUCGAGCACACCCACUCGCAACUCACAGUCAUCAAAACGUCACCGACACACAUCCCGGACCAAGUCCUCGUCAUCACCACCCCCGACAGACUCACAGCCCCGGACCUCGAUGUCACAAAAGAGGCCCGCCCUCCGGCGCUCUCGGCCGAUAUCAAACAUGCCCCGGUCCAGCAUCACAGUCUCGCGCUCGCCACCUCGGAGCCACCCACAACAACAACCCCAACACAACGACCCAUACUCAUACUUCCAAUUCCCUUCUCCUGAGCAACUGGACCAACCAGAAGAACAAACACAAGACCAGAGCACGGACAUCGCACCAGUCAGCCUCCACCUCAACACCCUCAACACCGAGCCCCAAUCAGAAAAACCAUCAUCCUCCUACUCCUCAGCACCACAAGCAGCACUAGCACACCCCGAACCACUCUCCCCGCUGCCGCCGCAGACGACACACUACUGGACCUCGGACCGCACACGGCGGCUCGAGUACGCGGCCAUCGACGCGGCGUCGCGCGGCGUGCGGGGCUGGAUCAUGCGCAACUGCGUGCCCGAGUGCUUCGUGCCCAAGGAGCGGCGCCGCGUCUGCUUCGACGACGACACCGGCUCCGUCAGGCGCUACCGCCUCGACCUCGAGAUUGAGUGCCCUGAGGAUAGCGUGCCGCCCAGCCCCGUCGGCGAGAAGCCGCGCGGCUUCCGGGCUCGUGGCGGCGGCAGGGGCCUGUGGGCCAAGCUCAGGGGCAAGGCUUAG